UCUCCCCUGCAUCCUUCUCUUCCUCCACCUCCUCCUCUUCACCGCCUCGGCGGAGUACGCGCAGGACCUGCUGCGGCGCGCUGAGGGGGAGCGAGACUGGAUUGUCGGCGUGCGGCGGCGCAUCCACGCGUACCCGGAGCUCGCGUUCCGGGAGCACCGUACCAGCGCCCUCGUCCGCGAGGAGCUCGAGCGGCUAGGGAUCGCCUCCCGUGCCGUUGCCGGAACCGGCGUCGUCGCCGACGUUGGCUCGGGUCGGCCCCCCAUUGUCGCUCUCCGCGCUGACAUGGACGCCCUCCCCGUCCAGGAAUUGGUGGAGUGGGAGCAUAAGAGUAGAGUUGAUGGUGUGAUGCACGCUUGUGGUCAUGAUGUGCACACGGCGAUGCUCCUGGGAGCAGCGAAGUUGCUUCAUGAGCGCAAGGAUCAGCUUAAGGGAACGGUGAGACUCCUUUUUCAACCUGCUGAGGAGGGUGGUGCUGGUGCAUCUCAUAUGAUAAACGCUGGUGUUCUUGAUGGCGUUGAAGCUAUAUUUGCCAUGCAUGUCGAUUAUCGUAUGCCGACAGGCAUAAUAGCAGCUCACGCAGGACCAACACAAGCAGCUGUAUGUUUCUACAUAGUGAGAAUAGAAGGUAAAACAGGGAAGGCUGAAACUCCACACUUAAAUGUAGAUCCUGUUGUCGCUGGGGCAUUUACCAUCCUGUCCCUGCAACAGCUCACUUCAAGAGAAGACGAUCCUCUUCAUAGCCAAGUGCUCUCUGUUACUUAUAUUAAAGGUGGGAAAUCUAUUGAUGCCACACCUCCAGUUGUUGAAUUCGGAGGUACUUUGAGGAGCCUCACUACUGAAGGACUUUAUCGACUACAGAAAAGGCUCAAGGAGGUAGUAGAAGGGCAGGCAGCUGUACAUAGAUGCAUGGGAGUUGCGGAGAUAUUGGAAGCUCCUGACCACCCAAUGUAUCCUGCAGUCGUGAAUGAUGAGAGGCUGCAUCACCAUGUAGAGAAUGUGGGCAGAAGUUUGCUUGGUCCAGACAAGGUAAACCCCGGAGAGAAGAUCAUGGCUGGGGAAGACUUUGCUUUCUACCAACAGUUAGUUCCUGGCGUUAUGUUUGGCAUCGGUAUUAGAAAUGAGGCAGUUGGUUCGGUCUACUCUGCUCACAGCCCGCAUUUCUUCGUGGAUGAGGAUGUUCUUCCAGUUGGAGCUGCACUACAUACUGCUAUAGCAGAAACGUAUCUUACUGGGCGUUCGACUCUAGAUGAAAACAGAAGCGUGCAUUCGAUUUGAUGCUCUU